GGCUUUAAAUUAGAUAAUAUCGUAAAGAAAACUGAAUCUUACGAAAUCACUCUUGUUCUAUUCUUUCCUUUGAUUAUGAAACUAGAUCCAUAGCUUAGACACUGCAAAUACUUCAAACACUGUUAAACUAAUAAAAUAGAAUAUGGUUACAACCAUUUAAAUAUCCUGGCUGGCUCUUCGGAGAAGUAAAGUGGUGCUUGACAUCAGUCAACCUUCUUUGCCGAGUCCGAUUUCAAGUAUGGCCCAACAAUGGCUUCAUUGCAACUCUUGCUUCUGCCAACCAGAUAAAGGAGGAGUUAGGUUCUACCUGACAAACUGCAGUCAUAUAUACUGUGAAAAGUGUGUCAAUGCCUGUACAAAAGAAAGAUGUAAAUUGUGCAGGACCCAGUGCACAACACUGUUGCUGGCAGGAAAGAUGCCGAAAGAAGUAGAAUCUAUGUUCUCAGAACCAGUGGAUGCUCUUCAAAAGUUUUUCAAGCAGUUCACACAGAUAAAUGAUUUUCAGAGGAGCCACCAGAGAAGGCUGUGGCGACAUCUGAGAGAAAAGAUGAAGUUCUAUGAUGGGCAGAUUGCAGAAGCAAAGAAGUUGCUGUCUCAAGCUAAAGCUGUGGAAAGAGAAUUUACAAAAGUCAAAGCUGAGAAUGAGUAUUUCAAGACUUUAAUCUCGAAAAAGGAUGGUCAUCAAAGGAUCAACUCAAGGUCUAGAGCUUCUCCUGGUCCUUAUUCAGUGUCUCCAUCUCCCUUUUCUCCAUUUCUAAGAAACCAGGGUCAACGCUCUGUGCAACCACCUGGUUGCUCUGGUGGUUAUAACAUUCUCAAUCAGCCUGGAAGACUUCUGGUCAGAACACCACCUUCUGGAGGAAGAUUAGGCUCUGUUGGAACAUCGGACUUAACGCCCUGUAGCAAUGGAACUCCUUUGUCAGUGCCGAGACCAAUCCUUUUCAAUAAUCACGAAUGAUCAGUGGCUUGGCUUGGAACCAGUUUGAUCAUCGUUCCAAGGGCGUUUCUCAUCUGUUUAAUAAUUGACUUAUUGAUUAAGAGUUGAAGAUUUUGAUUUGUUUGUCAACUCUCAGAUUCAGAAGCUCCUUGUUUCUGUCUAUCUGUUUACUCUCCUGAUGUGCAUCAACACUUCUGUUAUGCGCCUGUCUUUCAAUUUGUCUUCCUGACUGUCUUUGCGUUUUAUUCUUUGGUAAACAGCCUUCCUGUUUGUAUGGUUCUGAUCUAUGAGGCUCUAGCAGAACCAUUAUUUUGUAUACUUGCUCCUUGACUUUGUUGACAAAACACAAUGAUGGUUGUUUUGGUAUGGUAUAAAGUAUGAAAGGAGUUAUUAAACCCAUGAUAAGACUUUGAAAACAUUGUACAUGUAGUACCAUGCAUAAAUUUAUGUAUAGAUGUUUUUGCAAGACAAGUGCAAGCACUGAGUCCAGUUGACAGUUAAGAGUGCAUUAUUUCAGAUGAAAGGUUUUGUUCGAUGUCAGGAUUUGAAGGCAAUCUAGACAAGUCCAUGUAUAUUUCCUCAUCAAUAAUUUGUUGUAUUGAUGUUUUAUGAUUGAGUUUGUAGUAUCUUUUUGAAGGAUUUAAGCGAAAUCUUUUCAAAUUUGAAUAUAAAUUGUUGUUAGAAGAUCUGACUGACAUUAAUGGGUUUUUUAGUUCCAUUACAAGGAAAGUGCUUUCCCAUUUCACACUCUCUAUUGUAUCGUGUGCUGAAUAGAUAUUUUGUUUUGAGUGCAGUUAAUUAAUUUUCCAUCUGACAGAUCUGUUAGCCUUUUGAGUUCAGGGUAUUUCAUUUUCAAAGUUCAUUGAUGUUGUUAAGUUUAUAUUAUUAUUCUUUUCACAUGUUAAUAAAGUUCAAAGUUUGAUAUUACUGCACAAGAAAAA